CGGAUCGUGGUGGCGUGUGUGUAAUAAAAAAAAUCUAAAAAAAAUAAAACUGACAGUUUAAGUGUUUAAAUGGAAAAUUAAAGCGCGCUUAAGAGGAAGAAGAAGAAAUAAAAUAUAGUACAUACAUUUAGUACAUAAAAAAAAGUACGAAUAUAAGAAAAACAAGUGGCCGUUGUAAUUGAAUUUAAUGAAUAAUUUGUUCAUUGUGCGCAAAGUUUGAAAUAAAUGAGUCAAAUAAAUGCAAUAUUGUGGUUUUAAUUAAGCGAACCUAAAUUUAAAUAUAAAAUUUUCUACCGAUAAAAUUAACUAUUGACAUAUGAGACUGUAAAACCAAAAUGUCCAACAAAUACAGUACUAUUGACAUCUCAGGAUGCCUAGCGGAUCCUCAAACUCAACUAAGUCGGGCUUUGGCCAAUCGCGAUAUAAGAGACUUUCGAGUGGCUUUAGAUAUGGGAGCUGAACCCUGCGCCGCAGAUGAUAAACAUGUUUGUGUGUUUGAGAAGGCUUUGCAAACCCAUGGUUGUGCGGAAUUUGUUGAAGAAUGUUUAAAAAGAGACUGCAAUGUUAAUUAUAUUAACCCUCACUUAAAUAAAGCUGCCAUAAAUUAUGCUACCGAUUCUAAAGAUCCCAAAAUUCUGAAAGCUCUUCUUCGCUAUCCCGGGGUGGUAGUUGAUCGUAAAUAUUCCCAAAUGACUCCACUCAAUUCCUUGGCUAAAAAUCUCACCAGCGAGAAUGCCAAUGAUGUGGCCAAUUGUAUACAAAUGCUGCUGCACUAUGGUGCAUCUCCCAAUAUACCCGAUCAAAGAGAAAUGACACCUCUGCACUAUGUGGUGAAAAAUCGUAAACUAGAUGAUUUGAAAAAAAGAGAAAUUAUGCAAAUGAUUUUGCAGCAACCAGAUUUGGAUAUCGAUACGUAUCGUGAUGGUGAAUUAAGAACUAUAUUAAAGGCUGAAUAUAGUGAUUUCAGUUUACCACCGCUACAUGAUGGAAAAACGAUAGAUAUUGACAGUCUAAUGACCCACAUACGUAAUGGAGAUAUGGAGAAGUUCCAACAGCAAUUUCCCGAAUACCAAUUGAAUAUUUCGGAUAGGGAUAAUUUGAAAAAUACCACAAAAGAGGAAAAUGUUCCACUAUUGAUAGAGGCCAUAAAGAGAGGAGCUACUGAGGCUUUUGAUUUGUUAAUGAAGAAUGAGGUUAAUUAUAAUGCCGUCUUAAAUGGCAAUACUCCUUUGGAAGUGGCUACCGUUUAUGGUAAUUGGUAUGCUUUACAAAAGCUGUUGGAGCAAACCGAUUUGAAAAUAAGACGUGAGGAGCAGCCCUUGAUAACUAUCAUACGCAAAUUAAAUGAACAGCCAGUCAAUGACUAUUGUGACUAUAGGCAUUGCUUUUAUAUAUUGUUGGAUUCGGAGAAAAUCGAUGUUAAUGAGAUGGAUAAAAGUAAGUCGACUCCUUUGCAUUAUGCCGUUAAGUAUAGAAAUAGCGAAGCUAUUAGAGAGCUGCUGAAACGUGGAGCCUAUAUUGGCAUUAAGAGUGAAUUCAAUGAAUUGCCCAUAGAUGGCAUGAAUCCUGAGAUUUUGGAGGAACAUUUUGAUAAUUGCAUAACCUCAAAUGGCGCUAAACUGGGUGACAAUAGCUAUGAAAUCCUUAUCAACUAUAUGAAUCUUAUGCCUCAAAAUUCUAGCGUACAAAAGAAAAGCACUCAUCAACUGAGACAAGAAAUGCCGCCCAUAUCAUUCCUGGCCAAAUCCAGGGACCACAAGCAUCUGUUGCAGCAUCCUCUCAUCACCAGCUUUUUAUUUCUCAAAUGGCAUCGCCUGUCUGUUAUAUUUUACAUCAACUUCUUACUUUAUUUGUUCUUUGCUAUCUCCAUUGUUACUCAUACAAUGUUGAAAUUCCGUGAGAGUGAACAUGAAUAUGUGGCUACUCUCUUUGGUAUAUUCUCUUGGAUCGGCAUUUGUUAUAUGAUAUUGCGGGAAUGUCUACAAUUCAUCAUGUCGCCUGGAAACUAUUUACGUUCGCCCAUAAACUAUAUGGAAAUAGCGCUAAUUUUUUUGUCGAUUCUUACCUGCAUUGAACCCAGUUACGAUAGAGAGACUCAGCGUAAUAUAGCUGUUUGCACCUUCAUCUUAAUAGCCGUAGAACUGUGCUUCCUAGUGGGUUCUCUGCCGGUGUCCUCCAUAUCCACUCACAUGCUAAUGUUGGAUGCUGUUUUUCGUAGUUUUCUCAAAAGUUUUCUCUUGUACUCGAUUUUUGUCAUUACCUUCACUCUUUGCUUCUAUAUAAUGUUUGGCAAGCCGGAAAGUAAUUCUGCAAAAGAGAAUGAUGGUGCUACACCAUCAGCUGCCAAGGAUGAUGGUGCAACUCCAUCAGCCGCCAAGGAUGAUGAUAAAGAUGAUGGAGAAUUUAGCCAAUUUAAAAGUCCCUUGGGUGCUUUGGCCAAAACUAUUGUCAUGUUGACGGGAGAAUUCGAUGCUGGUGAUUUGAAAUUCGAUACUUUUUGCAGUUAUUUACUCUUUCUAUUGUUUGUCUUCACCAUGACCAUUGUGCUGUUUAAUCUACUCAAUGGUUUGGCGGUUAGCGACACUCAGGCCAUCAAAGGACAAGCCGAACUAAACGGCAUCAUCGUGCGCACCAACUUACUAUCCCGCUAUGAAGAAGUUCUCACCGGUCGUUCCGAACGCGCCAAUUUCAUAGUGAAUCACGAACCAUUCCGUACCAUUUGUCGACGCAUCAUGAAUCUAUACCCCAACUACAUUGCUGGCAAACAAAUUGCCAUACUGCCCAACGACAAGAAUAAAGUUCUCAUUCCAUUAGUCAACUCAUUUGAAAUGAAAGAAAUGUCGGUGCACAAAGAUGCCUUUAUACCGUUGGCAAAUCACGACAAUGAAAGACAACAUAAAAUCUUGGAUCCCCCAGUGCAAUUCCUGCCCUGUUGCUGUUCGUUUAUUACCACUAAAUGCUCGGAAAUGGAUAGACGAACAGUAAAGAUGGCCAUGGCUGUAAUUGAUAAGAAAUCGUUAACAAUACAGCAGCAAAUACGUUUGCAAAGUACAGAGAAACGUUUGCAUAAUAUUGAACAAAAGCUGGAGAAAAUGUUUGAGGUAUUGCAGGAUUUGCAGGCGAGAUAGUUACACGAGCUUGGGAAUUAAUGUUAUAACUACAGCCGGUGAUAAAUACUAUUUUUCAAAGAAAAUUCAGCAUUCACAGUGUUAAAAUAUUUGUUUAACUUAAUUUUCCUUUAAAAUUGUAUCACAUUUCAAGUUUUGUUUUUUUUCACCUGCUGUAAGUUUACGAAAAAAAAUGUAUUUAUUCAGUAUUUGCUGAAACUUAUUUUUAUAUCUAUUUUUAAAGCAAGUAAUUAAGUGAAAUAAUUGUAAUCUGUUGAAAUGUCCUUAUAUGUAUUUUAAUAAAUAAACAAAAGUACUAAAUCUA